AUUAAUUAAAGUAAAAUUCCCCGCUAGAGCUCCAGAUGAAUGAAAAAGUCUGCGAACACCCGACGACCGAAGCCAUCGAGAAGCUGGUAGAAUGCCAAAUCCUCUCCUUAUAAGUCCUCGCCCACUUGUCAUCCUCCUCAUCUCAAUCCAUGGCUUCCGUUUACAGGUGCAUUAGCUGUGGAACUGACCUUAACCUAAGUCAAGCGCAUCUCUUUCCCCCGAAUGCUUACUUUGAGGCAGGCAACAAGGGGACGCUUUCCUUCUCGUGGGUGGACGAUUCCAAGCUCCGUUUCACCAAGGAGGAUAAGAUCAAGCCCUUCUUUGAGACCGUCAACUACUGGGGAAUCCAGCGCAAGCGCACUAAGAUGCAGUGCGAUGCCUGUGGCUUCCUUGUCGGCUACAUCUACGAUGACGGACCGCCGAUGAUGCAGGGCAUCGGCCAGCUCGGCAUGGGCCCGAGUCAGGUCAUCCCUAGGUGCCCCAGGUACAGGUUCAAGACCAAGGCCCUUGCUGUUUCUUCUUGAACUGCUUCUUCUCUGUUCUUCUUUUGCAUUGCCACUAGGGUUUCCCGAUACUGGGGUCCCUCUCUUUGGUGGAAAAUUUCUUGGAACUAAAUGAUUUAGGUUUGAGUUUUCUAUUCCUUUCAAUGAGGAAAUUUGAUAUGUAUUCUUGUAAUUAGUAAGUUACUUAUUGGAUUAUAGAAAUUAAUUUGACAUGA